UCUAACUUUACACCAGUCAUUGGCAGUAUUUGUUCCCGUGCUCGCAGUUUUAGUUCGUCUGUCUCAUAAUCGAAAGUUUGGUGUAAGGACUAGUUCACUAGAUAACCAAUAUCUGUGUUUUGUGAGAGUGCGGGUCACGCGGCAACAACUGAAACUAACUGCAUUCGUAACUGAAGUAUCUAAUGUUCCGCUGAGAAUUAUGUCGGAUACUGCUGCAGAAUUACGAUCGGUCACACGUCAAGUCAGCUGACAUAUUGCGCCCUGCUACACUGCAACAGCUCUUGCUUGUGAAGAGAGAGAGAAGGCUUCUAAAAGACAAAGCGAACGCGCGCAUCGAAAGUGGCCAAAGCAAGAAUUGCGCCGCUGAGAUUUACGAAGUACAAGUCAGAAGGGAAGAGAGCUCCUUCGACCGACAGUCGACCAUCGGUCGUAACUGCACGUCGUCUAACGUGUCUUAACACGAUAAGGAUAGACAGGGAGCCCACUUAAAUGCCUCGAACGAAUUCUUACUCCAUGUUGUGCGUUGGUUGCGACACGACUGCGUGUUGGAAAGUGAAUGUAUGGUGACACGCGGUCGUGAAGGAGCAACUGGAGAGUGAGCUGUGGCAAGAGAAGCUUAAUUAUCUCCCAUUUAGUUGAUUGUAACUUGCUCGAUAUUGUUUCGAGUAAUUGCAAAUAGGAUAAAACUAAGAACUUGUUCAGUCAUCGAGGUUUCAUUGGCAUAAACAAAGAAGAUGGAGCGAGAAUCUAAUCCAAUGCAAGCUCUGUGCCGUAGCGGCUGUGGAUUUUAUGGUUCCCCAGCCACAGAUGGCCUUUGUUCUCUUUGUUACAAAGAAAACCUAAAAAAGAAGCAGCAACCUCCUGUGUCAGCUGCCACUGUACCAACAUCACAGACCGUCUCUGGUAACGCUGGCACGUUGCAAGGCGGUUUUGGUAGUCCUGCCGCUACAGGAACUACAGCCCAACCUACCAUUCCUACCAUACCUCAAUCAACGACAGAUCUGCCCAACCCCAAAGAAAUAAAUAGGGAAGAUCAAGAAAGUGAAGUAGGUGUAAGCAGUGGAGCGGUAGCAGAAGGAUCUGUGAGUAGUGGAGAUGCAGAUGAUUGCUUCGAUGGCAAAGAGACUGACAAAGAAUCUAAGAAGAAGAAAAAUCGUUGCGCCGUGUGUCGCAAAAAAGUUGGUUUGACGGGAUUUGAAUGUCGUUGUGGAGGACUGUUCUGCUCUGUGCAUCGAUACAGUGACAAGCACGAUUGCAAGUUCGAUUACAAAGAAAUGGGCGCUCAAGAAAUUCGGCGCAACAAUCCAGUUGUUGUUGGUGAAAAAGUGCAAAAAAUUUGAACUAUUUAGUGCGUAGAUCGUUGGGAAAAUGGUUAUAUAACUAUAUAAACAAAACAGAAUAUAAAACAAAAAAACGGAGAAAAACGAGAUAAAUUAUCUGGCAGCUGAUUGCACGUCGAGGGGCGAGAAGGAUGAAUGCGAGAAUCGUGAACGAAAGAACUGGAAAUUAGAAUGAUGAAAGGGCGAGAGUGAGCGAGAGAAAGAAAUAGUAGUGUGUUAGUGCAAAUAAGAAUGAAAGCAUGAGCUUAUGUGAUGAUGGAGAGGCAAAAUAGGAGAGAAUGAAAAUUUGAAAAAAAAAAAAAAAAAAAAAAAAAUUGUUUUGUACACGAUACGCAAAUAUAACAUAAAGAAAUGUCGAAAAUAAGACGAAAUUUUUCAAGGGAAGAAUGAAACACAACUAGGAAAGAAAGACUAACGUGGAAAACAAUGAAACAGAAAUUAGAAUGCGUGCCACGAGUACGAAUGUUUUGAGAAAAUUUUUGGGUGUCAGUGCCAUGUCAGAUUGUCAUCUAAGCGAGAGUUUUAAUCAAGAACAUAUUUGGUUCUAACUGCUGCCAGCUUACUACUACUAUUACCUUAUUAUUAUCUAUUACGGUUUAUUAUUAUUAUUCUAUCUUAUGUUUAUUAAUUUACUUAAAAAAAGAAAUGCAAAAUUCGUGUACGGAAGUGUUUGUUUUUUUCUCUCUUUUUUUUUAAUUUUAGAAGAGAAGAAUGCAAAUUGAGAAUUCUUUGAGAGAGAGAGAGAGAGAGAGAGAGAGAGAGAGAGAGAGAGAGAGAGAGA